AUGGCGCUGUCCAGGGGAAUAUUUGUUGUAGCUGCCAAGCGAACUCCAUUUGGUGCAUUUGGAGGAAAGUUGAAAGGUCAUACAGGAACUGACCUUUGUGAAGUCGCAGCAAAGGCAGCUCUUGCAUCAGGGGCCAUCAAGCCAGAAUGGAUUGACUCAACAAUUGUUGGAAAUGUUGCUCAAACAGCCCCUGAUGCUGCCUACAUAUCACGGCAUGUUGCACUCCGAUGUGGUGUUCCUGACUCCAAACCCGCUUACACUGUUAACAGACUUUGUGGUUCUGGAUUCCAGUCAAUUGUCAAUGGAGCCCAGGAGAUACAAUGUGGAGAUUCUGAGGUCGUGCUAACAGGUGGUGCUGAGAAUAUGAGUCAGGCACCUUACAUUCUGAGGGAUGUAAGGCUUGGAACAAGGCUAGGAACAGACCUUAAGCUUGAGGAUUCUUUGUGGGCAACAUUAACUGAUAUGCAUAUCAAAACGCCGAUGGGAAUAACAGCCGAGACACUAGGAAAGAAGUAUGGUGUUACCAGGCAAGACUGUGAUGAAUUUGCUCUGAAAUCCCAGCAGCGCUGGAAAGCAGCUCAAGAUGCAGAAAGAUUCAGUGAUGAGAUGGCCCCAAUCCAGAUGACCAUAAAAAAGAAAACAGUGAUUAUUGACACGGAUGAGCAUCCUCGGCCCGAGAGCACCAUAGAGAGUCUAGAAAAGUUACCUCCAGUGUUCAUGAAAGACGGCCUUGUGUCUGCCGGCAAUGCUUCAGGUAUUUCAGAUGGUGCAGCAGCUGUCAUAUUAGCCAGUGAGGAUGCUGUGAACAAGUACAAACUUACACCACUAGCCCGGCUUGUUAGCUACCAUGUGUCCGGAUGCGAUCCAAACAUAAUGGGCAUCGGGCCUGCUCCAGCUGCCCGAGAAGCCCUGGAUAAAGCCGGCCUGACAGUGGGUGAUAUGGAUCUAUUUGAAGUAAAUGAAGCGUUUGCUGCUCAGUACCUUGCUGUUGAGAAAGAACUAGGCCUUAACCCAGAUAAAACAAACAGCAACGGCGGCGCGAUUGCUAUGGGCCACCCAGUUGGUGCAUCAGGUGGCCGAAUCACAGCACAUAUAACACAUGAGAUCAGACGCACUGGAGGGCGCUAUGCAUUAGGUUCUGCAUGUAUCGGCGGUGGACAAGGAAUUGCGGUUAUCCUUGAAAAAAUUUAAUCUCUAGGAAGAAUUGAAAAAAGUUUAAAAAGAAUAAAUAAUAUAAAAAUGUUAAUGUACUGUAUAUGCAUAAUAAACACAGAUUCAUAAUGAGACUAAAUAUGUGUUGCAUUUUGUUUUACUUAGACAAUAUAAAUAUUUAUAUAUCUUGUAAACAUUGUCAGCAUAU